AUGUCCCUUCAUCGAAGAAAGGUCCCUACAAACUCACCUACUCCUGUCUCACUAGGCAUCUCCAACCAAUUCGUAUCGGAUGGUUCCACAGAGAGUUCAACAGGUUAUCGAGACUCGUUGGCCGAUUCUGGUAAGUCGUCAUGGUCGUCGUUGGAUCGGUCGUCUCCUGUCUAUCCGCCGAGUCGUUUCUGCCACUUGUCCAGUCCAUCGCGAACGCUGACAAUGGAAAAACGAAAGAAAAUCGACGAAAGUAUCCCGAAAUCAAUUCCAGAAGUGUACCUCACCCGUCUUCUAACCAGUAAAGGUACCGUGCAGAAGUAUAUCGAAGAUUUUCUGGAAUCAAUAAUGUUCCUCGAAUGCUCUACAUAUCCGCCGAUACUGAAACGUGUCUUCGACUUAUUGGAGGAGGAAGCAACUCGAAACAGGGUGAGCGAUCAUCGAUUAGUUCAACAAUGGAAAUCAAAUCUGUACAUUCUGCGGGUAUGGGUGCAUCUGAUCAAAAACCCAAAAAUUCUUCUCGAUGUGUCGGAAUCCAUCAGUCAAGACGGCAACUUAUCCGUCGUCGCUCAAACGCUGGAGGUAGCCCGCCUUCGACCGCUGUCCUCGGAUCUUUUCCGCAGAAUACGGAGACAACCGCCAGUUUCCGAUGAGGUGUUCGUCGACUGCCUUAACGAUGUUGCGAAUGUGCUCGCUGCUGACGACGUCUGCACAGUUACCGAUUUACCAUCGGUUAUCUAG